AAAGAUGGAAGUUUACAUGCAAGAAAAACAAAAUUCAAACGAUGACAAAGCAAAGUAUGCCAAUAUUGUUAAUUGCUUUCAUUUCCAAAUUUCUAAGGAUUUGAGUGCAUAGAAAUUCUUGUUGGGCUGAACUUUCAAUGAAGAUUGAAAAAUAAGAAAUUCCCAUGAAACAAAUGAUAGAUCUAACUGAUCUCAACUAAGUUAUAUAAGUCUUCUAGUUGACCCUGCAGCUUCUGUCCUCUGCUAACCACCGCCAUGAACGAUCCUUCAACCCUUCUCAUUCUUGCUGUUUUCAUCGCUUCUGCUGCGACCCAUGUGAGCUCUGAUGCCUCCAAUCAUCGCUACAAGGAAGCUGACCCUGUUCCCCUCUACGCCAAUAAGGUCGGCCCUUUUCAUAACCCCAGUGAAACGUAUCGCUAUUUCGAUCUGCCCUUCUGUGUGCCAGAUCAUCUUAAAGAGAAAAAAGAAGCUCUUGGUGAGGUGUUGAAUGGCGACAGGUUAGUUAGUGCUCCCUACAAACUCAACUUUAGAGAGGAGAAAAGUUCAGAAGUUGUUUGUAAGAGGACACUUUCCAAGGAGGAAGUUGCUAGGUUCAGAUCUGCAAUUGACAAAGAUUAUUACUUCCAAAUGUACUACGAUGAUUUGCCGAUUUGGGGUUUCAUAGGGAAGGUUGACAAAGAAGGUAAGGCUGAUCCGAGUGAGUACAAAUACUUGCUUUACAAACAUGUUCAAUUUGAUGUUCUGUACAACAAGGACCGUGUGAUUGAAGUAAGUGUCCGGAUGGAUCCUCAUUCCCUCCUGGAUCUGACGGAGGACAAGGAAGUUGAUGCAGAGUUCCUUUAUACCGUGAAAUGGAAGGAAACAGAUACUCCCUUUGAGAAGAGAAUGGAGAAGUACUCAUUGUCUUCUUCACUGCCUCAUCACUUGGAGAUUCAUUGGUUCUCCAUUAUAAACUCAUGUGUGACAGUUCUCCUUUUGACUGGUUUCCUUGCAACAAUUCUCAUGCGGGUAUUGAAGAAUGAUUUUGUGAAGUAUGCUCAAGAUGAGGAAGCAGCUGAUGAUCAAGAAGAGUCGGGAUGGAAGUAUAUCCAUGGUGAUGUAUUUAGAUAUCCAGAGUUCAAGUCAUUAUUUGCUGCAGCCCUUGGGUCUGGGACCCAGCUAUUCAUUCUCACUAUAUUUAUCUUUAUUCUUGCACUGGUUGGUGUAUUUUAUCCAUAUAAUCGCGGAGCUCUAUUUACUGCACUGGUAAUCAUAUAUGCAUUAACUUCUGGGAUUGCUGGAUAUACAUCAACCUCUUUCUAUAGUCAGCUGGAAGGAGAGAACUGGGUGAGGAAUCUUUUGCUGACAGGAUGCCUUUUCUGUGGGCCUCUAUUCCUCACAUUCUGCUUCCUUAACACGGUUGCAAUUGUUUACAGUGCAACUGCAGCAUUGCCUUUCGGCACUAUUGUGGUAAUAGUCCUUAUAUGGACAUUAGUAACAUCUCCAUUGCUUGUCUUGGGUGGUAUUGCUGGGAAAAAUAGCAAGGCUGAGUUUCAAGCCCCUUGCCGUACCACAAAAUAUCCCAGAGAGAUCCCACAAUUGCCUUGGUACAGGAGUGCUCUUCCUCAGAUGGCAAUGGCGGGUUUUCUGCCUUUUAGUGCUAUCUACAUUGAGCUUUACUACAUAUUUGCCAGUGUUUGGGGUCACAGGAUUUAUACCAUCUAUAGCAUCCUGUUUAUUGUCUUCAUUAUUCUUCUGAUUGUCACGGCUUUCAUAACUGUGGCAUUGACAUAUUUCCAACUUGCUGCUGAAGAUCAUGAAUGGUGGUGGAGAUCUUUUCUCUGCGGUGGAUCAACCGGACUGUUUAUCUACGCCUACUGCUUUUAUUAUUACUAUGCGCGGUCUGAUAUGUCUGGCUUCAUGCAAACCUCUUUCUUCUUCGGCUACAUGGCCUGCAUAUGCUAUGGCUUCUUUCUGAUGCUAGGGACAGUGGGUUUCCGAGCCGCACUGUUCUUUGUUCGCCACAUAUACAGGUCCAUUAAGUGUGAGUAGUAGGCUGAUUCUUCCUCGAUCGCUAUCGUGUACUCUGCAAUAGAAAGAUCUAUGAUUUUUUUUUAUCAGAAGCUUAGGCAGAAGAUUACAAUGGUUAUCAGAAGCAAACCAAGCAAACAUAGAACUCGGCCAUGACUUUCCUGAGGGAGUCUUUGCUGAUGGCCUUGAGAAACUUCUGAGAAGUAUGGAAUUUAUUGGCAUUUUUGUGAGGGAAAUUUAUGUGCCAGUGAAAAAAAUUCUUGUACUGUUCCAUAUA